UACUGGCCAGCCCCCUCCCUUGUUGUUGUUGUUGUUAUUGUUGCAGUUUCUGUGUGUUUCGGAAACUGCAGUGGAGGGAAGCAGCGAGGAAAGGCACUUGGGGUGGGACGGGACGGGACGGGAGGCGACGGGAGGAGAGGGAUAGUGUCAUAGGUGGGCCGUGUUUGCACCCAGAUUCCACGCAACGCGCCUCCUCCGUCUCUAUGAAUUUGUCGCGGUGCCCGGUUUUUCUGGUGCCGCCGGAGAUCUGAACAGCAGCAGGACCUGGGUGCUGUUGUAGGAGAGGUGGUAGUAGAGGAGUAGGGGGGCAGAAGAAGAUCAUUAAGGAGAGGAAGAAAGUGUGGAAGUUUUGGAUUAGAUUCGACGGAGGGGUGCUGGCCGGUAGUGUGAUUAAAUUGUGUAGAGAGAGUGGGAGAUAGGGAGGGAGAGUGGGAAGGGAGGGGUUGUGAGAUAGAGCAGAGGAAGGCCGGAAAAGACGCAGCUGCAGCGAAGGGAUCAAAUUAGACGUGGGGUAGACACGGCUGCUCUCAAAGCCAUGAGUCUCUUUGGGCUGGGCAGGAAUCAGCGCACGUUCCGCCCGAAGAAGAGCACUCCUUCAGGGAGUAAGGGUGCUGCCCUGCGCAAGCACAUUGAUGCGACUCUUGGAAGUGGAAACUUACGAGAGGCCGUGCGCCUACCUCCUGGCGAAGAUCUCUACGAGUGGUUGGCUGUUAAUACCGUGGAUUUUUUCAACCAGGUGAAUCUACUCUAUGGAACAUUGACCGAGUUCUGCACACCUGAGAACUGUCCUACUAUGUCCGCAGGACCCAAGUACGAGUAUCGAUGGGCUGAUGGGGUCACGAUAAAGAAACCUUUGGAAGUUUCAGCACCGAAGUAUGUGGAGUAUCUAAUGGACUGGAUCGAAGGACAGCUUGACGAUGAAGCCAUAUUUCCACAAAAAAUAGGGGCUCCGUUUCCUGUAAAUUUCAGGGAAGUUGUAAAGACUAUUUUCAAGAGAUUGUUCCGGGUUUAUGCACAUAUAUACCACUCUCACUUUCAGAAGAUUGUCAGUCUCAAAGAAGAGGCCCAUCUGAACACCUGCUUCAAGCACUUUAUCCUUUUCACUCAUGAGUUUUCGUUGAUUGACAAAAAGGAGCUCGCACCACUUCAAGAGUUGAUUGAAUCAAUUUUCGUACCCUACUAACCACGUCGCCCUCUCUAGUGUCAACUAGUCUUCUAGUUGGGAAUGAUGAUGUUUAUAGGUAAGAUCCGGGAAAUGCAUAGCCUGUGGUUGGACCAGUAGAAGGUGGUGUCGACCUCCUGAACAACGUAGUGUGAAAAUACAAAGAUAGUGCGUACCUACUGAACAAUUUACAAUUGAAGGUAGUGGUAGAGAAAAGACCAUGCUUGUGGUCUUCUUGACCGCUAGUUGGUUGUUAUUAGACUGGCCUGAGGUAUUGGUGGCAUAAUAAAGGUCUACCAACAGCGUCAAUGUAGAAACUGGAUGUGUAUCCAUCCUCUAUGACCUGGCUCGAAACACUUCUUUGUUCUUUGAACCACCUCUUAUUAAGAUUAUUUGAACUGAAUAUAAGUCUGCGUUACUGUA